AAAAAACUCCUGCUAUUCUAUUACACCCAUCUUUUCUCCAAAUUUCUUUGCUGCUUAACAAAGCAACGGCUGUGAUUACAUUACAUCGGUGACUUCAGAUCCAAUCAACGGCCCCACGUCCAUCUCUCUCCCUUCUCUCAGAACGUUCAAACAAGAAAUAUAGAAAAGAAGCAAGGCAGCAGCAGGAAGACGAGAGGAACAAAACUGAAACGUGCCUCCAUUUCCACAAAUCCUUUUAGUACAAAGCCCUCUUAAAUGCUAAAGGUACUACCUUUUACUAUCUUCACCUUCUUCCAUUCUCAAAGGUUCUCACAAAUCUAGGCUUGUUUUCUCUCUCUGAAAUCCACAUUCAUUAUUCAGGAUCAUUUUGAAGUGAUUAAGUAACAAGAAGAGAACAGUUAUUUUGUUCCUUGUUAUGGUGGGGGCGAUGGCAAACAAUGGAAGAAUCCGGUCAGCUUUUCCGGUGACAAAUGGGUCAAAAGAUCUGACGCCGAACAGUGCUCCGGCGAGCACGGCGGGAUCUGAGUAUGGUCCGGUUGAGUUCAGUAGAGAAGACGUUGAAGCUCUUCUUAAUGAGCGAAUCAAGUACAAAAGCAAGUUCAACUACAAGGAGAGAUGCGAGAAUAUGAUGGAUUAUAUAAAAAGACUUAGACUUUGCAUUAGAUGGUUUCAAGAACUUGAGUUGGAUUAUGCUUUUGAGCAAGAGAAGUUGAAGAACGCCUUGGAAAUGAAUGAGAAGCAUUGUGCUGAUAUGGAGACUAGCUUGAGAAACAAAGAAGAGGAGCUGAAUAUGAUAAUUGAGGAGCUGAGAAAGAACUUUGAAUCAGCUCAAAUUCAGCUUGCCAAGGAACAGACAGAGAAGUUGGCUGCAAAUGAUUCUCUUGGGAAAGAGAAAGAAGCAAGACUUGCUGUUGAGAAGGCACAAGCUGGUCUCACAGAAGAGCUUGGAAAAGCACAAGGAGAGCUUCAAACUGCUAAUCAAAGAAUACAAUCAGUGAAUGACAUGUACAAACUGUUGCAAGAGUAUAACUCAAGCUUGCAGCUGUACAACAGCAAGCUACAAGGUGAUCUUGAUGAAGCUCACGAAACCAUAAAACGCGGCGAGAAAGAAAGGACUGCCAUUGUUGAAAACAUUGGCAACUUGAAGGGUCAAUUCUCAGCAUUGCAGGAUCAACUUGCUGCUUCUAAGGCCUCUCAAGAUGAUAUCAUGAAGCAGAAAGCUGAAUUGGUAAACGAAGUUGCGAGUCUCAAACUGGAGCUUCAACAGGCUAAAGAUGAACGUGAUCACCAUUUAACAGAAUUAAAAACUUUACAAACCGAGGCAGCCAAGUACAAUGACUUCAAAGACACCAUAGCAGAGCUUGAGGCCACGUGUUCUUCCCAGAGUAGCCAGAUACGAGAGUUGCAAGAUCAACUAGUAUCUUCUGAUAGGCAACUGCAGAUGUCUGAUCUAACCACAUUUGAGAAAAUGAAUGAGUUUGAAGAGCAGAAGCAAACCAUUAUCGAUCUGAAAAGUCGUGUAGAAGAAGCAGAACUUAAAUUCGUGGAAGGAGAAAAGCUACGGAAGAAGUUGCACAAUACUAUUCUUGAACUGAAAGGGAACAUACGUGUGUUCUGUAGAGUAAGACCUCUACUGCCAGGAGAGAACAAUGGUGAUGAGGGGAAAACCAUUUCUUACCCAGCAUCACUAGAACUACUUGGUCGUGGUAUAGACUUGAUGCAAAACGCACAAAAGCAUUCGUUCACAUUUGAUAAGGUCUUUGUGCCUAAUACAUCACAAGAAGGCGUUUUCAUAGAGAUUUCUCAACUUGUUCAAAGUGCUCUCGAUGGUUACAAGGUGUGCAUUUUUGCGUAUGGACAAACCGGUUCGGGCAAGACUUACACAAUGAUGGGUAAGCCAGGGAACGUCGAGGAGAAAGGACUGAUCCCUCGUUGUCUGGAGCAAAUAUUUGAAACGAGGCAGUCUCUUCGUUCUCAAGGUUGGAAGUACGAACUGCAGGUUUCUAUGUUGGAGAUAUACAAUGAAACGAUCAGAGACCUCUUGUCGACGAACAAAGAAGCGGUGAGAACAGACAAUGGUGUUUCUCCGCAGAAACAUGCUAUCAAACAUGAUGCUCAUGGGAACACACAUGUCGCUGAGCUUACUAUUUUGGAUGUUAAAAGCUCUCGAGAGGUUUCAUUCCUCUUAGACCACGCUGCUCGUAACAGAUCGGUAGGGAAGACACAGAUGAACGAGCAGUCUUCAAGAAGCCAUUUUGUAUUCACACUAAGAAUCUCUGGUGUCAACGAGAGCACUGAGCAACAAGUACAAGGGGUCUUGAACCUGAUUGAUCUUGCGGGGAGUGAGCGUUUAUCAAAGAGUGGAUCAACCGGAGAUAGACUCAAAGAAACUCAGGCAAUCAACAAAAGCCUGUCGUCUCUUGGGGAUGUCAUUUUCGCAUUAGGAAAAAAGGAAGAUCAUGUUCCAUUCCGAAACUCUAAGCUGACUUAUCUUCUCCAGCCUUGCUUAGGAGGUGACUCAAAGACACUAAUGUUUGUGAACAUUGCUCCGGAAUCUUCUUCAACCGGUGAGUCUCUUUGCUCGCUUAGAUUCGCAGCGAGAGUAAAUGCUUGUGAGAUUGGAACUCCACGAAGGCAGACUAACAUCAAACAACUGGAUCGUUUGAGCCUCGGAUGAGAGAGAUGAAAUUUGAAGUUUGAAGCAUCAUUUUCUAAGUUAAUUAUACGAAUGUUUGUACUUAAAAUAUGGUCACAAGACUUGAUUGAAUGAUGAGAUGAACUCUAACGGGAAACACCCAAAGACCUUAUGUUGUAAUCUGUAUAGUUUGGUCAACACUUUGAUAUGAACGAUUAAUGUUUCUCUUUUAGCAAAAGACCCUAUUUCAAAGUAUUUCA